AUGCGCACCCCCAUAAUAAACACCACCGAAACCACCCUUUCCCGCUCCGAGCCUACGAAACAGUCGUCUACGUCACCAUUUCCUACCUACCAAGUGCCUCGAAAGUCAGCCAUGGGGGGUAGCGCACCCCCGAAAACACCCCCACCACCCCCAUUACUAGUAGUACAACAAAAAGAUGAUGAUGGAAAAGAUGAAGAAGAAGAAGAAUUAGUAGGAGAAGAAGAAGUCGCUGGGGCUGUUGGGGGGGGCCGAGCCGCGCCCCCCAGUUCGCUCCCUCGCAUCGGCGUCCCGCUCCCCUUGCAGGGGGGAGGGGGCGUCCCCCCGUCUGUGAUAUCCGGCUCAAGUUGCCAUUCGACGAUUGGCAACUCUAAUCUUAGGAUGCAAUCUGUGACCGAAAAUUGUCUUCUGAACUCUGUUACCGUACCAAAAAUACAACGUAUAGACCAUGGCAUGGUCGCCCACAAUAAUAGCUUUAAGUUAGUCAAUAAGUUUGGUGCUUUACUACUACUACUACCACCCACCUAUGAUGACGGACUACACAUUCCCAAUCAAAAGUCUGAAGACCUCGAAGAACAUGAAAGAGAAAAUGAAGAUGUCGAUGGAAAAUUGAUGAUGCUACUCAACGAUGACGAAUUCGACGAUUGCGACAACGACGGAAGGGCGGCGGCGGAGAAGGAUCGGCCGCCCUUCGAGAGCGGAGUACCGCCCCUUAGGUUGAGGGGUGGCGGGGAGAGUUCCCUCAGUACCGGUACUUCCGGUUGGGGUACGCCGCCCUCUCAGCAGCCCAACAGCAACAACAACAACGGAAACAAAAGCAACGGGCAACAGCAGCCGCCCGCCGCCCAGCAAACGACGAACUCGGGGGGCGGUUGGGGCCAACAGCCCGGCGGCGGCGGCGGCAAACCUGCGGGCGGCAACGGCGCGAUGCCGCCUCCCAACGCCGCCCUCGGGGUGGGCGGGGGGCAGCAGCAGCCGCCCGCCGCGGCCGUAGUCGCCGCCCCCAACGCCCAGACCAACGGGCCGACGAGCAGCAAUACGAAGCAGCAGCUGGAGCAGCUGAAUAAUAUGCGCGAGGCUAUUUUCAGCCAAGACGGCUGGGGUGGGCAACACGUCAACCAAGACACGAACUGGGACGUGCCCAGCAGCCCGGAGCCGCCCAUCAAGAUGGACGGCACUGGCGGCCCGCCCCCUUGGAAGCCGAACGUCAACAAUGGCACCGAACUGUGGGAGGCCAAUCUCAGGAACGGCGGCCAACCGCCUCCCGCCCCCCAACAAAAGACCCCCUGGGGCCACACCCCGUCGACCAACAUCGGCGGCACGUGGGGCGAGGACGACGACCCCGCCGACAGCUCGAACGUGUGGACGGGCGUGCCGCCCUCGGCCGGGGGCGGCAACCAACCGCCCCAAUGGGGCGGCGGCGGCCAGGGACAGGGCCAGGGGCAGGCGAACAACGGCGCCAUGUGGGGAGGUCCCAAAAAAGACAACGAUUGGGGCGCAGGCGCCAAUCCGAACACGGUGGGCGGCUGGGGCGAUCCCAGAUCGGGCGACCCUCGCCAGUCGGGCGGCGGCAUGGACCACCCUCGGGGCGUGGGCGUGGGUGGCGUGGGCGGGCCUGACAUGCGUUCGGGCAAUUCCGAUGCCGCGAUGCGCCUGCUCGAUGCCAGAGAACAAAUGCGGCAGAUGGCCGGCGGGGAUAUGAGGGGUGAUCCGAGAGGCAUCACCGGAAGACUGAACGGCGCCGGCGCCGAGGCGUUCUGGGGUGGAGGCGGCGGCGGCGUUGGUGGCCAAGGAGGCGGGCCGCCGCAGCAACAGCAGCACGGCAACGCCGCCCAACAGAUGCACCACCACCACAGCAAGAUGUCGGGGCAACAGGGCGGCGGCGGCGGCAACACUGUAGCCGGGUGGGAGGAGCCAUCGCCGCCGUCGCAACGUCGCAACAUGCCCAACUACGAUGAUGGCACGUCGUUGUGGGGCAAUCCGCAACAAGGGUCUCACGGGUCUCACUGGAAAGAUCUGCCCACAGGGGGAACGAUGGGCCGCGGCGUGGGCGGUGGCGUCAACAAUGUGGGCGUGAACCUGGGCCCGCCCGGCAUGGCGGGGCAACAGUCGCGCAUGAAACCCGACGUGGGCGGGGGCGUAUGGGGCGGCCAACAGCAGCAGCAGCAACACGGGCGCAACGGCUCGUGGGACGACGGGGGCGGGUUGGGCGUUGGUGGGGGCGGGUUGGGCGUGGGCGGGCCCGGGGGCGGAUGGGACGAUCCCGUCUCGUGGGCGAAGCAGAAGUUGGCGGGGCCGUUGUGGGAGGAGAACGAGUGGGGCGUGGGCGGGCAUAAGAUGGGCGGGAAGCAGCAGCUGCCCAAGGAGAUCGUGUGGAAUUCGAAGCAGUUUCGGAUGCUUGUCGAUAUGGGAUAUAAGAAAGAAGACGUCGAAAACGCUUUGCGCAUGCGCGAAAUGAACUACGAAGAAGCGCUCGACCUGCUCAGCCCGAUGCGCAACUCCCGAGACGCGGGCGGUUGGGGCGUGGGCGGAGGCCUGGGCGUGGGCGGCGGCCGUCACGACGACCACUACGACCACCCGCCCUUCAACUGCCAGCGCUACCCGCCCGCCGGUCCGGGCGGAGUGGGCGUGGGCGGGUUCCAGCAGGGCGGCGCGCCCAACAACCUGUUGAACAACAUGGCGGCGAAUUCGUCGAACGGUUCGCUGAUCAACAACAUCUCGCCGGCGGUGGUGCAGAAGAUGUUCACGCAGGGCGGCGGUGGGGGACAGGGCGGGUUCGGGGGCGGGUCGAUGGGCGGCGGCGGCGGCGGGGGUAGGAGUUUGCAGCCGCAGUCGCAGCCGUCGACGCAGCAGUUGAGGAUGCUGGUGCAGCAGAUCCAGAUGGCCGUGCAAGCGGGAUACCUCAAUCACCAAAUUCUCAAUCAACCGCUGGCACCUCAAACUCUGGUGCUGUUGAACCAGCUGUUGCAACAAAUCAAAACGCUGCAACAGCUCAACGCGCAACAGGCGAUCGCCGCCCCCCACCCCAUCAACGGGAAGCCGAGCAACGCCUACUUGCAAUGCUCCGUCAUGAUAACGAAAACCAAACAGACUAUCGCCAAUCUACAGAAUCAAAUCGCCGCUCAACAAGCAACUUAUGUGAAGCAACAGCAACACCAGAGCAGCAUGAGCGCCUACGAUUCCUUCAAGCCAAACACGAUGCACGACUCGAUUAACGCUCUUCAAACGAAUUUCGCCGAUCUCGGAAUCAACAAGGAUCCUCAAUUGAAUCAACAACAAUCUCGCCUAACCCAAUGGAUAAACAAAGACAAGGAAGAUGGUGGGGAGUUCAGCAGAGCGCCAGGAUCGUCGUCGAAACCGAUGACCACCUCACCUAACAUGAAUCCGCUCGGCCUCAAUCCUUCUGACGGGCCUUGGUCCAGCGGCAGGAGCGGCGACAACGGGUGGCCCGAUUCGGGGGCGGGCGACAACUCGAACGACGUGAAAGACCCCGCCCAACAAUGGUCGGCUGCCCCUCAACCCUCACUGACUGAUCUCGUACCUGAAUUUGAACCCGGAAAACCAUGGAAGGGUAACCAAAUAAAAUCGAUCGAAGACGAUCCCAGUAUUACGCCCGGCUCGGUCGUGCGUUCCCCCUUAUCGAUAGCCACGAUAAAAGAUAACGAAUUGUUCAGCAUGAAUCCGGCCAAGAGUCCGCCGACGGCGAUCGCGGCCAUACCCGAGGCCAUUCAAUCGUUGAGUCUCGGCUCGUCGACGUGGAGUUUCAAUCCCUCGUCGGUCGCUUCGAGCGCCUUCACCAGCCCGCCCGGAAAACUGCCCACGUCGAAGGGCGGCCUCGAUCUCGGCCAAACCGUCACCGUGUCCUCCGAGUUGUGGGGCGCGCCCAAGUCGUCUCGCGGCCCGCCCCCCGGCCUCUCCGCCAAGGGGGGUGGCGGCGGCGGGGGCGGUUGGUCGUCGGCCAACGCGAUGCCUUGGGGUGGCGGCGGCGGCAAUCAGCGCGGCUCCGGCAAUUGGGGCGGCUCGUCGCAGUGGCUGCUGCUCAGGAAUCUGACGGCCCAGAUUGAUGGAUCCACUUUACGCACAUUAUGUAUGCAACACGGUCCUCUACAGAGUUUUCAUCUUUACCUGCACCAAGGCUUCGCUCUUGCCAAAUACUCGUCUCGCGAAGAAGCUAUCAAGGCUCAGACUGCCCUAAAUAAUUGCGUGUUGGGCAACACGACCAUCUUGGCGGAAAACCCGACCGAUUGGGACGCCAACACGUUGCUGCAACAGGUGGCCAGCCAGCAGAGCGGUUCUUCGGGCUCUUGGCGUGGCACGGCAGCAGCCAAGCAACAGCAGCAGCAGCAACAGCAGCAACAACAACAGCAGCCGAGCGCCGCCGACACGUGGACUACGGGGUGGCCCAAUAACGCGUCUGCGGCCAGUUUGUGGGCCGCCCCUCAAUUGGACGGGGGCGAGGCUGCACGUGGCACGCCCUCUAGUUUGAAUUCGUUUCUUCCCAACGAUCUUUUGGGCGGUGAGUCGAUGUAG